GGGUGAUCGAGUAUUUAACACAAUUUUUUCUAAAAUCAAAUUUAAUCUUGUAAACUUUUAGAUUAAACUCUUUAGUUAUAGGAAGUAAUAAAUAAUUAAAUACAUAUAAUGAAUCGAUUACUAAGGAUAAGCUCCCGAAAUUUGACACCACUUAACAAUAACAGCAUUAGGAAUACCAUAGUUAUAAAACAGAAGGUCCAACAGAGUCAUGCAAUUGAAAUUUGUGCGUGUUAUUCAACUGGAAGAAGGACUGGAUUUUUUUCGCAAGUACUUGAAAAUAUCAAACAGGAAUAUGACAAGAGUAAGGAAAUGAAGGAAAGUGUCAAAAAGUUCCGUGAAGAGGCAGAAAAGCUUGAGCAGUCAGAUGCUUUAAAAAAUGCUCGUCAAAAGUUCUAUUCUGUUGAAUCCGAAGCUUCAAAAGGAACAGAUGCACUUAAAGAGAAGUUUGGGUCAGUUAUUGAUGAAGUUGGUAAAACAGAUAUAGCAAAAAAGGCAUCUAGAAUCACUGAAGAUAUUUCAAAAACAGCUAAAGAAACAGCCAGUACGAUAAGUGAGAAAACAGCGGAACUAGGAAAAAGUCAAGCAUUUCAAAGUAUUUCACAAGCAACAGCAGCUGUCAGAGAAGAGAUUGGAAGUCAAGGAAUUCACGCGAGAGUUUAUCGAGCACCUGCAAAAUUAAGGAAACGAGUUGAAUUUUCAGAAUUUAUGAAUGAUGAUCGGCAAUUUGAAGCUAAUACAGAUGCUACAGGCGUUGAGCUCCAUAAAGAUUCAAAAUUCUAUCAAUCUUGGGAAAAUUUCAAGAACAAUAAUACGUAUGUGAAUAAGGUUCUUUCGUGGAAAAUGCAAUAUGAUGAAUCAGAAAAUCCAGUGAUAAGAGCAUCAAGAUUAUUGACUGAUAAGGUUAGCGACAUAAUGGGUGGGAUGUUUAGUAAAACAGAAUUAUCGGAAACAUUAACAGAAAUAUGUAAAAUAGAACCGGAUUUUAAUGAGAAAAACUUUCUUAGAGAUUGUGAAACAGACAUAAUUCCAAAUAUUCUCGAGGCAAUGGUUCGUGGAAACUUGGAGAUUCUUAAAGAUUGGUGUUUUGAAAGUUGUUAUAAUGUCAUCGCAACACCAAUUGCUGCCGCACAAAAAAUUGGCUACUUUUUAGACUCGAAAAUUCUCGACAUUGAAAACGUCGAUUUAGCAAUGGGAAAAGUUAUGGAACAAGGACCUGUAUUGAUCAUUACUUUCCAGGCACAACAAAUUAUGUGUGUCAGAGACAAAGAUAAUAAGGUGAUUGAAGGAGAUCCGGAAAAAGUUAUGCGAGUGAACUAUGUUUGGGUACUUUGUCGAGAUAUUAAUGAUCUUAAUCCACGAACUGCAUGGAGAUUAAUGGAACUGAGUGCAAGCAGUCAAGAACAAUUCCUUUAAAUAUUACAAAACGAUUGUCUUCUUAGUUUGUAUGUGUAUAUAUUUUAAGGGAUUUAAUAGCUGAAACCACAAAUCGUUAUUAAUUUUGUGAGUAAGCUACGAAAGUGAGUCAAGUCUACAGGAUUUUUUUAACUGACGAGAGAUCACCAUGUGAUGUAGAUAUCUCAACGAAAGUUAAAUUAAUCGAUGCAAAUUUUAUUAUGAAUAAAUUUGUUAGCUAAACUUUAAAUUAAAAAGA